CCUAAAAAUAGAAAAUCUUGUCCAAGCUAGAAUCUUCCACAAACUACCAUAAAUACCCAUUUCACCUCCCCUCCCAUUCCCAGACAAGCAAACCUUAAGAUCAACAAGCAUUCAAACACAAGCUUACCCACUGUUUUUCAAGAAUGUCUUUGAUUCCAAGCUUCUUCGGCAACAGGCGCAGCAACAACGUGUUCGACCCAUUCUCUCUCGACGUUUGGGACGCACUCAAGGACUUCCCCGUCUCAACACGGUCACCAGAAACCUCCGCCUUCGUCGACGCUCGGAUUGACUGGAGGGAAACGCCGGAAGCUCACGUGUUCAAAGCCGAUGUGCCGGGGCUUAAGAAAGAAGAAGUGAAAGUAGAGGUAGAAGAUGAUAGGGUGUUACAGAUAAGUGGAGAAAGGAACGUGGAGAAAGAAGAUAAGAACGAUACGUGGCACCGCCUUGAACGGAGCAGCGGCAAGUUUAUGAGGAGGUUCAGGUUGCCGGAAAAUGUUAAGAUGGAUCAAGUUAAGGCUUCAAUGGAAAAUGGGGUGCUUACUGUGACUGUUCCGAAAAUGGAAGUUAAAAAGCCUGAUGUCAAGGCUAUUGAUAUUUCUGGUUAAAAUAUGUUUAUUGUGUGUAUGUGUGGAGUUUCUGAACUUAAAACAAUAAAAUUUACUAUCUUAUUAUAA